AUGGAGGAGGUAAUCACCAAAAAGAGACCAACAACAGAAGAAUCGGUAGCCUGGAAGGAAAAGUGUAGUGCAAUAUCACUAGGUAAGAGAAUUCUAAAUAAACAGAAGGAUCCUGGAACAAUCACAAUAUCAUGCACUAUAAAAGAUAGAACUUUCAAAAAGGUACUAAUUGAUUCUAGAGCUAGUGUGAGUCUGAUGCCAUUAUCAAUCUAUCACAGGUUGGGUAUUGAAAAUUUCAGUGAUACAAGGACAAAUAUGAAGUUUGCUGAAUACUCGAUAAAGAAUGCAUAUGGGAUAGCAGAAGACGUGCUGGUGACAAUAAGGGAAUUGAGUUUUCCUGUUGAUUUUGUGAUCAUAGACAUACCUGAAGAUGAAGAGACACCUAUCAUUCUUGGUCGACCAUUCAUACAGACAAGUCGAUGUAAUCUCGACAUGGACCAGUGCACGUUAACUUUAAAAGUUUAUGAUGAUGAAAUAACCUUGAACAUUAUUAAAAACAGGAAGCUAGAGGUAGAAAAAGAACAUCACUAUCAAGUAGGCAUGAUGAUGACAAAUAUGAUAAGGAAAAUUAACAUACAAACAUCAGAAAAAGAUGCAAGAAGGCCUUCUCAACUACCACCACCUCCAUUAGCAACUCCGAAUGAAAACAUUCCUGGUUCCAGUCCAAAAUCAAAAAGAAAGAAGGAGAGGCCUUAUCCUCGAGGACGAGGAAUUGGCCUGGUAAAGAAUGUUUAUCUACAUGGAUAG